GAAAAAGAAGACGACUGUCAAUCCUGGUAGUCCUUCGCACCAGAAGAUGGCGCCGUUAACUUUCGCUGUUAGCUGCAACGGCAUCUCUUUUUGCUUCACGUUGACUGUAAACAGUAGCUCAGUUUAUUUUAGCAUGGUUUUCUGUUGCUUGUCAAACCCGAGUGUUUUGUUUUUUUAAUAUGUCGCGGUCAAAAAGUUAUCGUUGGAUCUCAUGCAGCUAGUUAGCCACCGUUAGGGUAAUGUGACUGGGCGUUAGAUAGCAACAGGCAGCGGGUUAAUGUCCGCUGUUACAGAUCAUUACCUUGCAGUCUGUCAGGGCACAUAAGAGACAAACCAUACCAAGAGAACUGAAUUUAAUAAACACAAUGAUUAAGUGUUUGCCUGAAGAGGUUCAGGGAAAACUUCGUACCGGGGUCGCCAUCCCCUCUCUUCAACAGUGCGUAGAGGAGCUCGUCCUAAACAGCAUCGAUGCCGCGGCGACCUGUGUGGGCGUCAGGAUGGACAUGGAGGCAUUUAAAGUACAGGUAAUCGACAAUGGUACUGGGAUGAGCUUUGAGGAUAUGACAUGCGUGGGAAACAGAUACUACACAAGCAAAUGCAACUCUGUUGAAGACUUGGACAACCUCAGGUGGUACGGUUUUAGAGGGGAAGCCUUGUCAAGUAUCGUGUCUCUAGCCACACUUGUUGAAAUCUCCUCCCGGACGAGAUCAUCAGUGAAAACGCACGUCAAAAUCUUCAAGGAUGGCAAGGGCUUGGAUGCAUUUGAAGCAGAGAUGACUCGACCCUCUGCAGGAACAACUGUUAUCAUUUGUAACUUCUUCCACAAUAUGCCAGUCCGGAGGAAGAGGAUGGAUGCUGUCCUGGAGGGUGAAAGGAUCAGACACAGAGUAGAGGCUAUUUCUUUGGUGCAUCCCUCUGUAUCCUUUACCCUUAAGGAUGACUGCACAGGAGCCAUGAUGGUGCAGCUCCCUAAAGCCAGAAACACCUACCACAGGUUUGUACAGAUACACAGCCUUGGGCGUGCACAGAAAUUGGGAGAAAUCAGCUACACACAUGGGCAGUUUGAAGUGACUGGUUACGUUGGCAGAGAGGGCCACUACAACAACAGCUUACAAUUCCUGUAUGUAAAUGACCGACUUCUGAUGAAAACACGGAUACACAAGCUGCUGAACUUUCUUCUUCGCAGACUGAGCAGUUCAAAUCAGAAAAAUGACUGCCCAGAAGGGCAGUCUGCUAUUGGGAGUCCAAAGCACAAACGAAGCCAAGACCUGCACGGAGUAUAUGUAAUCAAUAUCAAAUGCUCUUACUCAGAGUAUGACAUUUGUCUUGAACCUACCAAGACUUUGAUAGAGUUCAAAGACUGGGAUGGCAUUUUGCUCUGCAUAGAGGAGGCAGUGAGGGUAUUCCUGAGCAGGGAGAACAUGGUGGCUAUAGUCUCUCAAGAUGACUUGGAUGAUGCAUCUCCAAACUUGUUUGCUGCUGACAUUACAGAGCAAGAAGGGAGCACAGGUGUUCAAGCAGCUAGCAGUGCUUCCACACUGGAUUGCGCUAUCGGAAUAAAACUGGCAUCUGACUCUGUUCAUCGUAGGAGCAAAGAUGACUGUGAAUCUGAGAACAGUGUUUGCCAGGAGUCAGACCUCAUUGAGGACAAAGAAGAGACUGAACCAGGACAGAAAAGAAUAACUGCAGAUGAAUUGGAGAAGAGAAAAAGUGAAGAAAACAUAAAGAAAAAAUGUAGAGCCAAGCCACAGUGUGAUCUGACUAGACUGGACCCUGUUUCUGAAAAUAACAUUACUGAAGAAGAGGAGCUAAUACUAAGUGAAGCUGGGGAAGGCUCUCAGAGUUUAUGUAUGUCAGGUUCAAUCAGACAACUAGAACAUGAAAAACUAGAACUUUCAAAAGAAACAGAGACACAAUUCAACAGUACUACCUCAACCAGCAACAUGACUUCACUAGACAGCAUCACUCAACAAAUUCAGCCUGAUUUAAACAGAAAUUUGCUAAUAUUACCUGAAUGCAAGUGUACAGGGGGAUGUGGACCCACUUUAGUAAGGAAUAGAAAGAUCAGUCUGUCUGAUCCAUACAUUCAUGAAAGUCUGGAAACUUGGGACAUGUCUCAGAUCAGUAGGUCAGUCUUUCAGAGGCAAAAUGUAGCACAGAAAUGGGAGGAGAGAUCCUUUGCAUCAAAGCGCAGAAUUUCACUGGAUGCAGGCCAUGACGGAUCUUUUCAGAAAGUACCCAAAGACUCUGCUUCUGUUAAUCCCUCAAAUAAUCCCAGAACUGUACCUUGUCAAAAGCUGUCUUUAUCUAAUGAGUUUGGCUCUCUUGACAACUUUAGGAGAGUAUUUGGUAAAUCUGACAAAAUAAAAAUAUCCUCUCUUGAGAGUUAUUUACAGAACGAUGCCAGAUUUCAUCAGACAGAUAACCCCUCUUUGAAUCCCCAGCACUUGUCAGUUAGCCAGUUAGAUCAGCAAAAUGGUGAUGUUAAAGAAGCAUGGGGCACCCUUCGAAGCCCACCAACCUUCUCAGCUUUCACCAGGCUAAAACAAGUCUCAAGUCUGAUUAGAGGUAAAAGGUCUUUGGCAGCUAAACUCUGUCAUUUAAAACAACACAGGACAGAGAGUUCAAAGGUAUUACCACACCUGUCCAGGACUACCUUGGAGGACCAAACCUGUGUCAGUAGUGGUAAUGAUGGCAUCCAAGUCAACAAUAAUAACGAGAAUCCUUGUGACACAGCACUGAGUCUUGAGCCAGAUGCAGGUUACAGUACAACUCAUCAGCUGGCUGAGAUGGAAGAGGAUGCAAGAUCAGGUGACUGGCUUCGUCACUAUGAUACAUCUGUGGGGAAGAUGGUUUAUGUCAACAAAGUGACUGGGCUCAGCACAUAUGAAAAUCCAGAUACUGAAGAAAUGCCGGUGCGCUGUAUAUCUGAUGUCACCAAUAUGGCAGUUAGUGUCAUCACUGAAAUGGGGAUGGAAUACAGAUGUUACCCAUUUCAGGUGGAUCUAGUGUUGCCCUUCCUGUCUAAAUCCAGGACAGAGAGAGUGAUUAGUUCAGGGGCUGAUGUCAGAGACGAUGGUGGCGAGAGCUCCAACUCACUUUCCGCAUUGUACUCAAAAUGGAAUAAUCCUGUGUUUGUCCGACCUCCUGUGGUUGGUGUGGACAUAUCAAGUGGGCAAGCUGAUGGACUGGCUGUAAAGAUCCACAACAUCCUGUUUCCAUACCGCUUUUCUAAAGCCAUGAUUCACUCAAUGAAGGUUAUUCAUCAAGUGGACAAAAAGUUUCUUGCCUGUCUUAUCAAUACAAGAGAUGAAGAGCAUACAUCACAUUCUGAAACUGAAGGAAACCUUCUGGUUCUGGUAGAUCAACAUGCUGCACAUGAGCGAGUUCGACUGGAAAAUCUAGUUGCAGAUUCCUAUGAGGAUGACCCAGAUGCACCAGGAGAGAAGCGUUUGUGUUCAUCAACCAUUUUGCCACCUCUUGAGAUCAGUGUAACAGAAGAGGAGCUACGGUUGCUUAAGUCUUGUCAGGCACAUUUGAGGAGUUUGGGCCUGGAAGUGAAGUUCUUAGAAGCAUCAAAUCCACAAGUAUUUGUUGGGAAGGUGCCACUGUGCUUCUUGGAAAAAGAGAGUAAUGAACUCAGGCGGCGCAGACCAUCUGUUAUCAAGCCUAUCGUUGAGGAGUAUCUUCAAGAACAGAUUGAGUUACUCCGCUCAACUGGCAGAGUGAGAGGAACUUUGCCUCUAACCGUGCUGAAAGUACUAGCCUCUCUAUCAUGUCAUGGUGCCAUCAAAUUCAAUGACAGCCUGAGUAGAGCUGAAUGCUACAGUUUAGUAGCAUCCCUGUCCUCCUGCCAGCUGCCCUUCCAGUGCGCCCAUGGCCGUCCUUCCAUCGCUCCCCUAGUAGACAUCCUCCAUUUGGACAAAGGCCAGAAGGAAUUACAGAAACCCAACCUCCAAAAGCUGAGAAGAAUGUAUAAAGCAUGGGAGCUAUAUGGAAAUAGAUAACUGGGUGUGUAUUUUAUUUUAAAUGUGUAGUUUACUGUCAACAAAAUGAAUUGUAACUCCUAAUAAUUCCCUUAUUAAAUGACUCCACUCAAAUUCCUGCAGCUGAAACGUUUACAUGGGAAGACUGGUAUUCAUAUAAAUAACCUAACUGGACAUUGAAAACAUUUUUGUUUUGUAAGUACUUAAAAGAGGAAAUACUAAAAUAUACUGAUCAAAUGUGAUGCACUAUCAGAAAAAUAACAAAAGUCACAUGGUUGGGACUUUGCAAAUGUUGUUGUUUGUAGUGUACAUUCAUUCUGAUAUGUUCUCUUCAAAAGCAUUUAGGUGCUGUACCUAAGCCUUUAUGGCAGGGAAAUCCUUGCAAUGUUGCUGAAGAGCAGAACUCAGAUAUUGGUGAAGAGAAAAUUGCAUUUUAUAUAAAAAAGUAAUAUGACAAUUUGUUUCCUAAUCUCAAAGGCUCCAAAACAUUCUACAUUAUAAUGAAUUUACACAAUGUUCUCAACAUUUGUUAUCACUUUGCCCAGUUGUUAGAAACACCUCUACAUUUUUGGUGAUUAUAUCUGUUUUCCUGCCAGUUAUCACUUCAGAAUAUCAAAUGAAUAAGAAGACAUCUGGUCAAAAAUAUUGCUUCAUCACCCUUCCCUCUGCAAAAUAAACGGCAGAUUUUACCUUUUGUCCCUCAUUCAAAAUCAGUAAAGACAAUGAGAGUAUUU